CUGCGUUACCCACUCCAGUCAGCAGAUGGCGAUGGAAAGAUUUCAGGUGAUGUUUCUUGCGUGACGUAUAAUCUAGUGGACGCUUCAACGGCGGUAAAAGACUACUGAUGCAACCACUUCGGUAGCUUGUAGCGCACAUUAAACCAGUCUUGUUUACAUUAAUGUCAGUGUUCUUAAACAUAAUUCUGUUUACGUAUUGACUAGUUUAAAAAAAAAGUGAUUUGCUUGUUAAAUGAAAUUGGCUAAUUUGUUCAAUUGUUAACGUUACUGUACUAGGUUAAUCGCUAAUGCUAACUAUCUAGCUAGCUAACAUCCUGACCAUGAGCUCACUAAGAUAUUCGGAGAAAGAAGCUCUGGAGCUGAACAUGAUCGUAAAAGAAGAGGAAGAAGCUUUCAGAAUAAAAAAUGAAUUAGAGGAUAUCACAUUGAAAGAAGAAGAGGUGGAUAUUACAGUGAAAGAAGAGAAAGAACCGUUUGGAGUGGCAGAGGAGGCUAUCUCAAUAAAAGAGGAGGAGGAGACUGGAGAUCAGAUUACCACCAGAGAGAGACAUGACUAUCGUGGAUCCUCUGGGGAGCCUCAACAACAUCCUGAUGCUGACGAGGCAGAGAAGAGUCUCUCCAGAUCAGAACACCAGAUGGACAACGCUAGCCCUUCCACCCUCCUGGAGUCCCCGUGUCCUGCCUCUCCCGGUAGCACCUUACUGCUGGGAUCAGAUUUGACACAUCAAACAGGAGAGCGACCAGACUCUCACUCUGACAGCGGGGAGAGUCAUUCAGGGGAACCAGACCCAGCGACGUCCAAACCAGCAAGACGACACCACUGCUCCCAGUGUGGAAAAACUUUUAACCGAUCACAACACCUGAAAUUACAUGAGAGAACACACACAGGAGAAAGGCCUUACCACUGUUCCCAGUGUGGAAAGAGUUUUAUCCAAUCACAACACCUGAAAUUACACAUUAGAACACACACAGGAGAAAAGCCUUACCACUGUUCCCAGUGUGGAAAGAGUUUUAGUCAGUUAUGGAGCCUAAAAAUUCAUAAGCGAAUACACUCUGGAGAGAAGCCUUACCACUGUUCCCAGUGUGGAAAAAGUUUUGCCCGAGUACAACAGCUGAAAUUACACAAGAGAACACACACAGGAGAAAAGCCUUACCACUGUACCCAGUGUGGAAAGAGUUAUAGCCAAUCACAAGAACUGAAAUUACACAAGAGAACACACAUAGGAGAAAAGCCUUACCACUGUUCCCAGUGUGGAAAGAGUUUUAGUCAGUUAUCGAGCCUAAAAAUUCAUAAGCGAAUACACUCUGGAGAGAAGCCUUACCACUGUUCCCAGUGUGGAAAAAGUUUUGUUCAAGCAGAACAUCUGAAAUUACACAAGAGAACACACACAGGAGAAAAGCCUUACCACUGUACCCAGUGUGGAAAGAGUUAUAGCCGAUCACAAGAUCUGACAGUACACAAGAGAACACACACAGGAGAAAAGCCUUACCACUGCUCCCAGUGUGGAAAAAGGUUUAUCCAUUCACAACAACUGAAAGUACACAAGAGAAUACACACAGGAGAAAAGCCUUACCACUGUUCCCAGUGUGGAAUGAGUUUUCGGGUGUUAUCGAGCCUGAAAAGUCAUAAGCAAAUACACUCUGGAGAGAAGUCUUACACAUGUUCCCAUUGUGGUAAGAGUUUUAAGUUGGUAGGGAAUCUGACAUCGCAUGUGAGCACACACAACAAGGAAAAGCUCUACCAAUGUUCCUUGUGUGGAAAGCGGUUUACCCAGUUGGAAGCCCUGAUUAUGCAUGACAGGACACACGCAGGAGGGGAUAAGACCUACCACUGCUCCCAGUGUGGAAAGAGAUUUAAUUGGUUAAGGCACCUGAAUAAGCAUGAAAGAAUACAUACACAGGAGGAGAAGACAUACCACUGCUCUCAUUGUGGAAAGACAUUUUCCCAGUUAGAGGACCUGAAAUCACAUGAGAGAAUAGAGAGGCUGUGUUCUGACUUGAGUUUUUGACUGAUCAUUUGUGUUUUUGUUUCAUCCUCAUGAAAUCAAAUUGUAUGAAACCAGAAUACGGUUUUACUUUUGUUAUUUCAUUUCGAGACAUGAUCAUGUCUAAUAUCAGAUUAAAUAUUUAAAAAUGUC